UACAUGUUUUCCGGUAUCCUCCCCUAACGUUAAAUAGCGCCGAAACAAAAUUAUCUUUUACAUUUUGGUGAAAUAUUCCACACAGUCAUGGCUACUACGAUGGGAAAGUCAUUCCGAGUUUAUCAUAAAGUUGGUCCACCAUAUUCCGUGAUUCUGGAGGCGAGAAAUAAACAAGAAACACUUCUUUUUGAGUCGGAGGCGGUCGCCGUGCUGAGCAUUGCUGAAACAGAAAGUUUGAGAAAGCAGUACCAGAAAAUGACGGAUGCUUACGGGUGUUUAGGUGCUCUCAGACUCAAUGUUGGUGAUGAAUCACCGGUGUUCUUAGUCCUAGUGACGGGAUGCUCUUCCGUAGGUAAGGUCCAGGAAUCAGAAAUCUUCCGCAUCACAUCCACCCUCUUCAUCUCGUUACGGAAUAACUCCAGCGACGACGAGCGCGUCAGCGAAGUCCGCAAGCUCCUCAACUCGGGCACGUUCUACUUCUCGUGGUCGGCAUCGACGAAAUCGAGGUUUGAUCUCAGUCUGUGCGCGCAAAGGCAGAAACAAGAUCACGUCACAGACAAUCGAUUUUUCUGGAAUCGAGCCUUACAUCUUUACCUGCAGCGGUUUGAUGUGAACUGCUCCGACUGGUUGCUGAAGACCAUGUGUGGAGGGGUGGAGGUGCGGACUGUCUACUGCGGUACCAGGCAAGCUAAGGCAUGUAUCAUCUCGAGGCUGAGCUGCGAGAGGGCUGGUACUCGGUUCAAUGUCAGGGGGACCAACGACGACGGCCAUGUCGCAAACUUCUGCGAAACAGAGCAGGUGAUAUUCCUUGAUAAUAAAGUCACAUCAUUCAUUCAGACGAGAGGGUCGGUACCUUUGUUCUGGGAGCAGCCGGGUAUACAGGUUGGAGUUCACAGGGUCAAGAUGUCACGAGGCUUUGAGGCAUCAGCCCCGGCUUUUGACCGUCAUCUAACCAUGUUGAAGGCUCACUACGGGGAUCAAGUCAUUGUCAACCUACUAGGACACAAAGAAGGGGAGGACAUGCUGAGUAAAUCAUUCCAGAAUCAUCUAAAAGCCUCAUCCCAUGUUCAAGAUACACCCCACAUACUGUUUGACUACCAUCAGAUGUGUAAAGGGAAAACCGAUAACCUCCACCUCCUCAAGAAAAAGGUGGCCGCGGACGUUGACCGCUUCGGUUUCUUUUACAGCGAGGGGGAGGAAGUCGUACGACAUCAGACAGGGACGAUCAGGACAAACUGCCUCGAUUGCUUAGACAGGACGAAUGCUGUACAGACCUUCUUCGGACAAGAUAUGCUGGCUAAGCAGUUGGAAGCUCUUGGUGUUACCAGCAAACCUCAGAUCAUGUCACGAUUCUUAGAAACAUACAGGACCAUAUGGGGUUUGAGUGGUGACCAUAUUAGCAGGAUAUACGCCGGUACAGGCGCGUUAGAAGGCAAGACAACGGCUGGUAAGCUCCGGGAUGGUGCAAGAUCGGUGACGCGGACCAUACAGAACAACUUCUUUGAUGGCACAAAGCAAGAAUCUAUCGAUGUUCUUUUACUUGGAAGCUCAUUAGUAGGGACCCUGGCGGACAAGGCUAGCUCACUCUUACCGAGCAGUCAUUUACAUGCUUCACCGCACAUUCUGCAAGGUGUGUGCGAGAGGGAGGGGGACUUCACAUCGAGCUCGCGUUUCAGGAUAUGCGUCGGGACGUGGAACGUGAACGGAGGCAAGAACUCUCACAGCAUCGCGUUCAAGAACGAAUCUCUUGCCAACUGGCUUCUUGACAACCCACAGGUCGUAGAGGAAACCAAUCAAGGUUGUUCAGAGAUGGGCGUUGACUUCUCUGUUCCGAAUGACAUCUAUGCUAUUGGCUUUGAAGAAAUGGUUGAUCUGAAUGCUGGCAAUAUCAUUAGUGCAAGUACAACAAACCAAAGAAAAUGGGGAGUGGAUCUCCAAAAGACGUUAUCAAGAGAACACAAAUACGUUUUACUGGUGUGUGAACAGCUCGUCGGAGUGUGUCUCUACAUCUUCAUUCGACCUCAGCACGCACCGUUCAUCAGGGAUGUUGCCGUGGAUACGGUCAAGACUGGACUUAAGGGGGCAGCAGGCAAUAAAGGGGGUGUGGCAAUUCGAUUUGUCUUCCAUGGAACGUCCAUGUGCUUCGUAUGUGCUCAUCUGGCUGCAGGCCAGUCACAUAUCAAGGAUCGUAACGAUGAUUAUGCUGAGAUUAGCUCCAAGAUCAUGUUUCCUAUGGGCCGUACUCUGGAGAGCCAUGACUAUGUAUUCUGGUGUGGGGAUUUCAACUAUCGGAUUGAUAAGGACAACGAUGAAGUCAAAGAUCUAGUAGCCAUUCAUGACUAUGAAGCACUCAAGGAAUGCGAUCAACUCUUGAUUGAGAAACGCAAUGGAAAUACAUUCCAAGGAUUUUCGGAAGGAACGAUACGCUUUGCACCGACCUACAAAUACGACCUGUUUUCUGAUGAUUACGAUACAAGUGAGAAGAUGAGAACACCAGCCUGGACUGACCGCAUUCUAUGGAGAAGACACAAGCCAUUCUACUUCAAACAUAGCACAGAUAAUCCAUUUGAAGCUUUUCCUGAUAACUGGGAUCCAGGUCGCGUAUUGCAUUACGGUCGAGCUGAACUCAAGACCUCUGAUCACAGACCCGUGGUGGCCAUCAUCGAGGUCGAAGUCCAGUUGGUCGAUGAGGACACCCGGGAAUCAAUCUUCCAUGAUGUCUUCUGCCAGCAGGGCCCUCCCGACGCCACUGUCAUCCUCUCCCUCACUGACCACCAUGGCAACCAGGUAGCAUUUGCUGAAGAUGAUAUCGAUGAGGCGUUGGAGCUGACGGCGUCAGAAGGCGAUUCUAUACUCGUCAGGUUUGUUGGAUCUGACAUGCUGGUGACCUUCCGCCACGGACUCAGUGCUUUAUCCGCUCGGGAUAACCUCAACAAUCAAAGCAUUGGACAUAAGGUGCUCCAUGUGAAGCUGAAGAUGGAGGGGUGGUUGGAGCUGCUGGAGAAGGAGCUAGCUAUGUGUAGUCCGAACACGGAGAGACUUUUCAACCCGGUAUCCAGCAGUCUGCUCGGGGAGUCCUUUGACGUGCCGUCUAUGAGCUUUGACUUAGAAGACGAAGACGAGAACGGUCAAGAAUUUGGAUCCCUCAAACCGGACCUCCCUGCCCCCCUCCUACCAACCUUGGGUGGGUCAAGAUCGGGCACCCCUUCGCCCACGGUAGAACUCCAGGAGGGCCCAGAUCGGCCCAAGAGACCGCCCCGGCCUGCUAGGCCAGGCAGACCCCCUCCAAGGGGAGGGAAUGUGGAAGAGGUUCAGGCGGAGACUGAAGCCAAAGUUGCAUCCCAGAAACGCAUACCUCCCGCGAGACCUGGUCCCCCGACACGCCCUGCUAGACCCAAUGCGCCCCCCUCAAGACCCCAGGCUCCACCGGUAGAGGAGAGCAAGAGGAAAACCGAUGCCCCUCUAGUCAGGCAUCCCUCCAUUAUCAGUGAUCCUUACAAAGUGAGUCACACCAUGCAUGCAGAGAACCAUGAUGACGCUGUCAGACUUCUCCAGGAGAUUGGUACCAAUGUACCCCCAACCCUUUCCACCCCACCACCCGAUGCCACUAAGGUACCAACAGUGGCGCCACGAUCCUCUGCCAGUUUGAAAAGAACUACCCGUAGUGUGAACAACCUUGAUAGAAAUCGUAGUGAUAGUAGUGUACCUACACCCCUUGCCAACCCGUCUCCCUCUACCACCCAGGUACCAGUGGUGGCACCACGAUCUUCUGGUUCCUUGAAAAGGAAUACAAGUGGUGCCACAAUUGAUAAAUACAAUGAUAAUGCAGUUCUGCAGGAUGGAAAUGUGAGGUUAACUAACAGUGACAAGGUACCGUCAGUGGCACCGCGUCGUCCGGUGGCUAGACCCAGGAGUACAAUAAUCCCAGACUCUAAUUCCUUUGUCCAUCAGGAACCACAAUCUGAUCGACCAAAGGCUGAGGUACCACCUACCAGAGGCCCUUUACCAGCAAGCAGGCCUCCACCAAGACCAGCACCACCUGUGAUAGAAGGUUCAUCAGGAACACCAGCUGUGUUGUCAAUAGCACCGCCAGUACCUGCAAGUCGACCGCAAAGAUCAAGUGGUACGGAAGUAGAGGCACCGGCAGGCAUUCAAUCGGUACCUGACAGAAUGCCCUACGUACCACCAAGACCAUCGGCACCUCCUCGAUCUGCCAACAAUGGUGCCUUCACGGAAGUCCCAUUAGAUCAGGACUCCAUGAACACCAAUGGCACAGCACCUCAAAAUACUGCACCGCCUGUACCACGAUCCCGCCCAGCGAGACCUCCCCAGAGACCAGUUGAACCGGAGGAUAAUUCCUAUCUUGAUGCCAUGAUGAUCGAAACAGACUCCACAGACAAUUUCAUUAAUGAGCGAUUUGGAGAGUCUAAUGCUCCACCUUCUUUCAGUCCCCCUGAUCUCCCAUCGCCACAGGAGGUUGACACUGGUCCUCCGAUGGCACCACCACCAGUACCUCGCAACCGACCAAGACCUACCCCUGGUGCAAUUGUUCCACCACAGGUACCAUCAAGGCCAAGUAUUAGAUAGGAUAUAGUAUAUAUCAAUACAUGUUGUUUUGUAGCUGUUGUCUAUGUGAUUCCAGUGUUGAAUAUAGAAAUUAUUGCAAUAUUAUAUAUUUAAAUAAAUGUACAUGUAUGUUCACAGCCUCUAUCAUAACUUAUAUAUCAUAGUAUGUCUAAAUUUUAUUGUAUAUUAGGAUAACCUGAUUUUAACAAAUAUAUUAUGUACAAUGAUAUAAGAAAUUGUAUGCAUAUUUUUUUAUCAGCAUCCAAUAUUUCAUGAUGAAUUCAAUAUACUAAAAUCAGUGAAGAGAAAGUUCCAAAGUCAGAUAUUGGCCUCGUCUUACAAAGAGUUGCGAUUGGUCUGAUAAACCACGACUAUGGAAAGCGAGCAACGUCAAUGCAUGUUCAAAAUAUUGUCUAGACAUGAUCUCUGUAUUUCCUCAUCUAUUGUUUUCUUGAAAGUUCUGUGUGCUUUUUUUGUGUUUACAAAGGACAUUGUGCAAACUUCCCGU